AUGCCAAAUAACCAGCCUCCAUCGUUCCCACUGAACGACCAGCCUCCAUCGUUCCCACUGAACGACCAGCCUCCAUCGUUCCCACUGAACGACCAGCCUCCAUCGUUCCAACUGAACGACCAGCCUCCAUCGUUCCCACUGAACGACCAGCCUCCAUCGUUCCAACUGAACGACCAGCCUCCAUCGUUCCCACUGAACGACCAGCCUCCAUCGUUCCCACUGAACGACCAGCCUCCAUCGUUCCAACUGAACGACCAGCCUCCAUCGUUCCCACUAAACGACCAGCCUCCAUUG